AGGAGAUGCAGCUGGCUGUAGGAACCUCCAGAUCCAUCCUCAUGUCUCCCUACUCGCACUACGCACUACAGAGCAACAAAGACACUAUCUGUCCUGUGCGGUACGCCCUUUGUCAGUGUGUGAAAGGGGAGGGUCUUGUAACGGUGGACAGCCAGGGAGUUCUGAGGGCGGGGCCUGACACGGGAUCCGCCCUGCUGGAGGUCAUCGCCAUGGAGACCUGUGGGGUCAACCAGACCCUGCUCAUCAGCGUCCGGGUAAGUUGGUCACUUGUGUCAUUCGAUGGGAUCCAUUCCAAAGUAGACCUGGUGAGAAACUCAGCAUCCACAGUUGACCCUAACUGGCACUGGGUCAUCACUAUCUGACCAUGUGGGGAGUACAAAGUGUA